UGUAAAACGUAGAUGUUUUAAAUAAAUUACGUUAUUGUCAGAAACAGGCCUCUAUUUUCGCCCAAUGGGGGUUAACCCCACCAGGCGACCUUCCAAAUUGUGCUCCAAAAUUCCCCAAACACAGCUGUGGGACUUUCCUGAGCCCGAUGUUAGUAAAAGAGAUAAAGCUAUACAAGCAAACCGGUGUUAGUGGCAUUCAGCAGGGGACGCAAGGCGGAAGGGCGGGGGACGGGAAUUGGUAUGGGAGGGGAUUUCUUUAUAAAAGCAAGUGUCGCAUGUUCGUCGUCUUGUCAAUCAAAGAAGAACUGCGCAACAAACCGUGUGGUUGCCGUGUGCCUCUUUUUGUUUCACUUACAGUUUGCUCGGUUUAGUUUUUAAUUGAAUCACUGGUGCAAUAUCAACAUGGUGGUGACUGUGGAGACUAAUAGCAAAACCAGCUCCAGUGAAAGUGUGAGAAGUGUGCAGAGCCCCUUAGGAUUGGUUGUACGACAAACUUUGCUCUGUGCCAAUCGCGAAAACCGGGCUGUUGUCGGGUUGUCCGAGUCCAUACAUGCUCUGUCGAGGAAGCCUCAGAAGAUCCUUUUCUGUUUUCUUACCUCCAGCAUCGACCAUAUGCACGAGGUGCUUCUGGAGGCAUUCUGUUUCGAACACGACAUUUACAUAAUUAAGCUGGACAAUGAAGAAAAACUCAGUCGAACAUUGGGUUCAAAUCAGCUGGAAUCGUGCGUUUGUGUACAGACUGCUGAUACAAAAUAUAUUACUGCUGAUGAAAGUGAGCUGAUAGACUACUGCGAGGCACAAUGGGAACCAGUCAAGCCAAUAAUCAAACUACCAGAAAAGUAAACUGCGAACGGUUGCCCUUGACGCGGUUACAAAGCAAAUGAUAACGCAACGUAUUGCGGCCAACAGCCAUAAAGAUGCAAAAUUCCAGCAUUUACGUGCUUUACUACUGCAAGUGCGAUCCAGUACAUUGAGACCAUUUACGAUUUCGUUGAAGGUCUGUGGAAAGAGCAAUCUGUGUAUGUGCCAAGGAACGAAGCAUAGAAACCUUUAGUACCUAAAAGGGUAGAUCCAUUCUUGUGGAAAUAUAAAAAAUGUACAUAUUUGAUGAAAUUUUCAGAAAAUAAAUCAAAAAAGUGUCAUUACGUUUA